ACGUGCGGGCGGGGGCGAUGCGUCACUGAUCGGUGAGGUGCUGCGGAAGGGUGGGCGUCCCUCCGAACUCUACGGCUGGCCCCCUUCUCAGAGGAACAAGGAUGAAUAUGACUCAAGCCCGGGUUCUGGUCGCUGCAGUGGUGGGUCUCGUAGUUGUCGUCCUCUACGCUUCCAUCCACAAGAUCGAAGAAGGACAUCUGGCUGUGUACUACAGGGGAGGAGCGUUACUAACUAGCCCCAGUGGACCAGGCUAUCAUAUCAUGUUGCCUUUCAUUACUACGUUCAGAUCUGUGCAGACAACAUUACAAACCGAUGAAGUUAAAAAUGUGCCUUGCGGGACAAGUGGUGGAGUCAUGAUCUAUAUUGACCGAAUAGAAGUGGUUAAUAUGUUGGCUCCUUGUGCAGUUUUUGAUAUCGUGAGGAACUACACUGCAGAUUACGACAAGACCUUAAUCUUCAAUAAAAUCCACCAUGAAUUGAACCAGUUCUGUAGUGCCCACACACUUCAAGAAGUUUACAUUGAAUUGUUUGAUCAAAUAGAUGAAAACCUGAAGCAAGCACUGCAGAAGGAUUUAAACGUCCUGGCCCCAGGCCUCACCAUACAGGCUGUGCGUGUUACAAAACCCAAAAUCCCAGAAGCCAUAAGAAGAAAUUUUGAGUUAAUGGAGGCUGAGAAGACAAAACUUCUAAUAGCUACCCAGAAACAAAAGGUGGUGGAGAAAGAAGCUGAGACAGAGAGGAAAAAGGCUAUUAUAGAAGCAGAGAAGAUUGCACAAGUGGCAAAAAUUCGGUUUCAGCAGAAAGUGAUGGAGAAGGAAACUGAAAAGCGCAUUUCUGAAAUUGAAGAUGCCGCAUUCCUGGCCCGAGAGAAGACAAAAGCAGAUGCCGAGUAUUAUGCUGCACAUAAAUAUGCCACCUCAAAUAAGCACAAAUUGACCCCGGAGUAUCUGGAGCUAAGAAGGUACCAGGCCAUUGCUUCUAACAGUAAGAUCUACUUUGGCAGCAACAUCCCUAGCAUGUUUAUGGACUCCUCUUGUGCUUUGAAGUAUUCAGAUGGUAGGACUGGAAGAAAGAGCUCUCCUCUCCUCUCUAAGGAGGCUUUUGAACCCUCCGGAGAGAGCACUAUCCAAAAGAAGGAGAGCAUAGGUUGAUGCAAGAGGUGGAAAUGUUCUCCCAUAUCAAGAUGCGGCCCAAGGGGUUAACUGGGAACAUUGGUUAUAUGACUCUCCAAGCUGUCUGUUCUGCCUCUCCUGUGGUAGUCCUGGCUCAUCAGCUGAUUCCAGGAUAAAGCCAGCUGUCUGGCCCCCAAAUGGUCUUUUCAGCCGCCGUUUUUAUCAAGUAUGCUGUGUGUGUUUCUUUUCAUACUGGUACUCAUGAAUGAGGGAAAAGUCUGAUGCUAAAAUACUGCCUGCACUGGAAUGUUAAACACUAAAUACAUAACAAGCUGUGUUUUCUAAGCUGAGAUCUAUUGAAUAAUGUUUACAUUGGUCCCUGGGGAAAUGUGUGCUCAGCCAUUCGAGAGAGAGGAGGCCAGCGAGAAGACAGCCAGGAUGUGGUAAGUGUAAAGAAGACUCAUUACACCUGGGACCCAGGCUGUCUUCCUGGUCCAGUCCCAGCGUUCAUCGUGUGAUUAGCAUCUAGUCUGCCUAAGUUCCCCAGGAAAUGAUCUUCCACUUGAGCAACCAUUUACUUGAUACGAUUUGCACCUUUUUGUUUUCCUUCAGUCAGGUUGGUGGCCUGCUGGGACAUGCACCUUGCCACUCAACCAUAAAUCCCUCCUAGCGAUUCUUAAUCACUGGUUUAUUAGCAGGCUCAGAGAUAGAGCUUAGUUUGAAGUUCGGAGAGAGAUGAAACCUUUACUUCAAACCAAGCUCUAGGGCCCUGCGUCCUUCUCCUUUGAGUGAUGACUGUCUGCGUCACUGCCCCAGGCCAUGUUUGACUAAGGUGCCUGGUUUCUAGCCACAGACAACUCCUUAUAUGUCACCUCUCAGCUCUGGCCAAGAGCAGGACAGGACUUUAACCGGAAAUAGCAGCAUACAAUUUCUAGCUGUUCACUGCACAGUAUUGUAUCAUAACUGCAGGAAGUUUUUAUUUUUAAAACUGGAUUUGCAGUAUAUUCAUUGCUCCAGUACCUCUGUUUAAAGGCCAAAUUCUAGGCUAUCAUGGUUACCAGCACACUGAUUCUCUUCAUUAUUGUUUAUCGGGAGCCCACAUGGUGUGGAACAGAGUAACUUAGAAAGCAUCUUUGGUCAUCUUCGUCUCCUUUCUUCUUGGCCCUGAGAUGCUAAAAUCAACGUUCUUCAACUUUGAGAUCAGAAUACCACAGUCUUCCUGGGCAGCCAGUGGAUUUAAUCUUCCAUGAGAGGAUGACAGAGUUAGUCUGUGGCUAUGAGCAACCUGUUUCAUCUGGACUUUUUUCCCUUAAGGUUAACUUUCCUGAAAUUGUUUGCCACAUGGUUAGGCCCGAGUGUGUGCAGCUUGUUAAGCCACCUUUUGUGUAGACGGUGUUCAAGCCAGACAGAAAAGUCAUGGGACCACUUCCAGCAACCUUUCAGCUGACUGUCCUGUCAGUCUCAUGACAUUUUGUAGGUUGUGCCAAACUCUUUAUAUGGGAAAGGAAUCCCAGACUGGAAUGGGUCUUUUUCCUGGGCCUUAUCCCAUAGAGGUAUUUGUAACAUGGAGAGAAUCAUUUUUUCAUUUUAGCUCAUUUAAUUGUAUACAUUCUCUUUAUGACUGCAUUUUGUGUUCUCUAGCCCUCCUUAAAAGAACUUUUAAACUAUAAAAAUGAACUCUUCACCUGUCAUAUAUUGUUGCUGCAGAUAAAAAAUGAUUGUUGUGGGAACUCUGGAUCAUUGACCUUUGUGCUUUCGUUCCUAGAAGAUAUUUCCUAUUCCCAUGAGCUAAAAGCUGCUGUCCCAAAGCGAUGGUUGUGGGUUAUCUUACAGGCCACAAGCCUUGGUGGCAGAGUUGAGGAACAGGGAAUCACAUUGCGAAGUUUUAAAGUACUUCCACCCGAACUCCCCAUGGAGUGUGUGUCCCUGUGCUCAUUUGAGCUCUAAGUCUGUCCCUCCUUCAGGGAUGUUCUUUUUGGCAAAUAUACACUGUAAUCUUGAGUCUAAAUUUAUAUGUGAAAUGCUACCUUUUUAAAAAAAAACAACAAAUAAAAUUAUUUUACUAUCAGUGA